GCCUGCGCCUGCCCCAGCGGGUCACGUGGCCAGGUCAAGAUGGCGGCGCCCGGCGCGACCUUCCGCCGCUUGUUUCUGCCGGUGUUGGGUCGGCCGCUGUUGCUCUUCCCGCCGCCGGUUGUCGCCGCUAGGCCCUACGGUGUGCGGGCCUCCGGUACUGGCGAGCUGGUGACUCACACGGGGCAGGUAUACGAAGAGAAGGAUUAUAGAAGAGUUAGAUUUGUUGGACGACAAAAGGAGGUGAACAAGAAUUUUGCAAUUGAUUUGAUAGCAGAGCAGCCUGUGAGUGAAGUUGAAAGCAGAGUGAUAUCGUGUGAUGGCGGUGGUGGAGCUUUGGGACAUCCCAAAGUAUACAUAAACUUGGACAAAGAUACGAAGACUGGAACGUGUGGCUACUGUGGGCUUCAGUUUAAACAGAAACAUCACUGAAAGAUUAUCCCUGUGUGCUUGCAGAUUUCUGUUCAGAUGUUAACAUUUAACUAUAAAUAAACAAUAUAUUUAGAAACCCAA